CAACCUCAUUCUGUUGGCCAUUAUUUACCAGGUGUGGAUGACUUUCAUGUCAACAACUCUUCAGGCGCUAGCAACAAUGACAUUCCGAGUCGUUCCGACUCAACUGCGGAUGAAGAAGUUGAUGCGAAACGUCAGAAGCUAAAUACCAUUAGCAUGUUUACGGUCCUCCCCUCCCCCACCAACUCCUCCUCCCCGGCAGCUACACGGCUUAGCCCGCUAUCAGCCUCCAUCGCUGAGUGGACGAUAACAAACCGACGUUUAUCAUCAGAACAGUCAAAUCCGGAACCGACAGGACCAUCUUUCUUCAAGAACAAUACCAGACGCCGACGUCUUUGAUGCCGAAGCCGUAAGCCGCCGACGGGGAGCCGAGUGCUCACGGAUGCUAACAUGCUAAUCCCCUGACUUGGUCAACGAGUUUUUAACGCGAGUUUUUUUUUUUCAUUUCCUGCGGCCCAUUUUCCUCUGUGAGUCACAUCCUCUCCACUGGGAUCGUUAUUUCUGUUGUUCGAUGGGAUUUUGCGUCAAAUGUGUGCUAUUCUUAGCUAUAUAGGUCACUGAUGCUUCUGGGGGUCUCGUCGUUCCUUUAGCACAUUAGCAUCAUCAACAGCUGGUUAGCGCCGAUGCUCGCUGCUCGUCUGGCUGGAUUUUAGCUUCAAAUCGACGAGGGACAGUACCGGGGAGGUUCGGUUCGGGGCUUGUUGGGGGUCGAAUGUUAGUGAUCCAGGCUCUGUUUGGGAUUCUCUUCUGUUUUGGUGGUGAACGGUGCAGCCUUGCUAACAGCUGAGCUACAAACAAAGCUCCAUGAGCUGAUGAAAGUAAUGAAAACAACCCGAAGUGCUUCCAUUUUCAGCGUUUAGCGGUGACGAAGACGACAUUUAUCGUUCAGAUCGGGACUGGACUGGGCCGUCCUUUGAGUUUUGAUUGGAAUCAGCGUGUCAUGGUCAGACCACAGCCGCUUUUCCUGCGAUCUUAGCCGGCAACAAGCCCUCGCACGCACCGCUCCCCCUCUCCGGCUGCAGGACACCAGAAUGGCGUUUCACGGUACUGGCAGACCGGCUGUCUGUGGCGACUUGUUUCCCGGUGCUGAGCUGGGUCACAAGUAUUUUUGCGUCAACAACUCCUGUGGAGCCCCCUCGACUGGCCUCAGUGCGACACCCUGCCUCACUGGACCCCCCGCCCCUGCAGGGACCCCGAGACACCCCACCGCUCUCGGUGGAAGCGCAGGAGGGGGAGCAGCGGUGCCUCAGCCCUACAGCAACCCGGCCAGCGAGGUGCCCAGUCCAGCUGAGAUGGAACCGGAUCGGCCCAUCGGCUAUGGAGCCUUUGGAGUCGUGUGGUCCGUUACUGAUCCACGCGACGGCCGUAAAGUCGCUCUGAAGAAAAUGCCCAACGUCUUCCAGAACCUGGUGUCCUGCAAGAGAGUGUUCCGAGAGCUGAGGAUGCUCUGCUUCUUCAAGCAUGACAACGUCUUGUCAGCGCUGGACAUCCUGCAGCCACCACAGAUCGACUGUUUUGAGGAAAUAUAUGUGAUCACAGAGCUGAUGCAGAGCGACCUCCACAAAGUCAUCGUGUCUCCUCAGCCGCUGACCACUGACCACAUCAAGGUCUUCCUGUACCAGAUUCUGAGAGGGUUAAAGUAUCUGCACUCUGCUGGGAUUCUGCACCGAGACAUCAAACCAGGAAACCUGCUGGUGAACAGCAACUGCUUACUCAAGAUCUGUGACUUCGGCUUGGCCCGUGUGGAGGAGCCAGACCCAUCGCGUCACAUGACGCAGGAAGUGGUGACCCAGUACUACCGAGCUCCAGAGGUUCUGAUGGGCUGUCGUCACUACGGCUCGGCCAUCGACGUCUGGUCUGUGGGCUGCAUCUUCGCUGAGUUGCUGGGGCGACGGAUCCUGUUCCAGGCGCAGAGUCCCAUCCAGCAGUUGGAUCUGAUCACGGACCUGCUCGGGACACCUCCUCUGUCGGCACUGUCACUGGCCUGUGAGGGCGCUAGAGCUCACAUCCUGAGAGGACCACACAAGCCGCCGUCGCUGUCGGUGCUGUACAUGCUCUCGGACGGCGCAACUCACGAGGCGGUCCACCUGCUGUGUCGCAUGCUUGUCUUUGACCCGGCCAAAAGGAUCUCAGGCAGCGAUGCGCUCUCGCACCCCUACCUGGAUGAAGGGCGGCUGCGCUACCACACCUGCAUGUGCCAGUGCUGCUACUCUGUCCCCAGUGGGCGGGUCUACACCCGUGAUUUCGAGCCGGUGGCCGAGCGUCCGUUCAGUCACAGCUACGAGAACAGUCUGCUCUCUGUCUGGCAAGGCAAAGAGUUGAUCCACCGCUUCAUCACAGAGCACCAGCAGGGGAAGCGCGUCCCGCUGUGCAUCAACCCCCAGAGUGCUGCUUUCAAGACCUUCAUCAGGUCGACGGCGUGGCACUCGUCUAAAGUGUCGAGGAAGGAGGAGAGAUGAAGCGGCGGCGUUGGAGUCGGGAUAUUGUUCGGAUCCAGCGAGAUUUGUUGCAGUGGACCCGGCCAAACUAGUUCCGACAAACCCAGAAACUGUUUUACCUCAAUGUGAGUUCCCCCCCUGCUGGAGUACCCGGUGCUGACGCUGCUGCUACGGAGGAGACCAGAGUAGAAACCUUGUGUUCCGACCAUUCCAGUCCAGUGCAAUAGUUCCCCGCUCAAACCUGGUUCUGACCGACCGCGCGACGCAGCACAUGUAGCAGCCAGCUGGGGGCGCCGCGUCACGCCUCUCCACAAGCUGCUGUCCUCUGGAUACUCCAAACGCAAUGCCGCGCCCAGUGCGCGGCUUUGUUUUUAACUUCUCACGUGCGUCGGAUGGUGGUGGCCAUGUUUCCUGGGAGACGCAGGAAACGCUGGCGACGGCCCUCCACAUACGUUUUUACCUCGUGACGCUUGCAGAGAUGCUGCUGUCUUGUUUUAAAGUUCAGUGAAGGUUCCCGUGGGUCCCACCUGAGGCAAACAUCCAUUGUUAUGACGACCCCUCCAUGACCCCAAAUCACAGACACUGAUGUGGUUCUGGUCAUAUGAGGGUUCACCAGGCUGCUACCUGUGGUCACACGUGAACUUCCUGCUCCCCACAUGCCUGCUGGUCUCAUCAUCAGUUCAUGAUCCUUGGUCCUCAGCGUCUGUCGUCUCCAUGUGCAGACAACAAACAAAAGAACCAGUGUGAGCCAAGUAUUACGUUUGGAAAUAAACCACUUGCAGGGAUUUAGCCUCAUGGAUCCGCCGGUGUGGGCCAGUCGGUUCAGGCAUUGCAGACCCACAUUGGAAACAAAAUGGCUCACGCUGUAUCAGAACCUCAGUUGGUUCCUUCAAUAGAAUCUGCAGCACUGGAGGUUCCCAGUGUGGCAACAUCUGAACCCUCAGCUUCCGAGUCCCAUCCUGAGGUUCUGGACUGACCAGACUAUCCACCCUCUCGUACUGGUCCAUGGGAGUCCUGUUGGGAGGGGGGCCUUGUGUCACAGGGAUUGGUGGGUUGGCAUUAGGUUUGGCCGGUCACACGACUGAGUUUGAAAAUGUUUGGUUCUCACUUCCUGUAUCUAAGUUGUGAAGUCGUUUUAGUUGUAGUUCACCCGAAGCUCCAGCAUGUGGCGCCACUCUGGUGUCCCUGACCUGGAACUAGCGGUCAGGACCAGAGUUGUAAAUGUUUGUGUUUAACUGGGGGUCAAAAGUUGAAGUUUCCACUUUUGUUUCUUUAGAGACCUUUUAUUUUGUGUUUGAAUCCAGAACCGUCUGGCCUGGUUGGGUGUGACUCUUUGUGCUUGACUGAAACUGAAGAUGAUCAGGUGUCAAACUUGCGACCAAAAAAAGUUGCGAUGUUUUUAAGGAAUGCAUUGAAAGUGACUGUCGAGGAAUCCUGCUGCGUUUUAGAGUUUAAAAUAUGGAACAAUGUUUUCGUCUUGUUUUAGUCUUUUCUUGUUUUUAUUUUGACUUGUUUCCCACAAAAUACUUGAAUUUCUUAAACAUGUUUAGAGACAAAGUAGUGAACCACGAGUAAAUAAACAAACACUGGACGACA